AUGACGGAUCCCAGCACAAUGAUCAUCAACUUGGCCCUCUUUGGCAUGACUCAGAGUGGAAAAAGUUCUGCAGGGAACAUUCUUCUGGGAAGCAAUGACUUCCACAGUAGCUUUGCUCCAUGUUCUGUGACUCAAGAUUGUAGCCUGGGCCGUAGUUGCUACCUCCACAACUUCAUGCGCCGAAAGGGUCAAGAGAUGGCUGUGCAGGUCCGGGUGUUAGACACCCCAGGCUAUCCACACAGCAGCCAGAGCAACCAAAAUGUCAAACAGAAAGUCAAGGAUGCUCUAGCACAACACUUCGGACAAGAUGGUCUCCACCUUGCCCUGCUGUUACUGAGAGCAGAUAUACCUCUUUGUGGACAGGAAGCAUCACUUCCUGUGCAGAUGAUCCAGGAACUUCUGGGACAUUCUUGGAUGAAAUAUACUGCUGUUCUUUUCACUCAUGCAGAGAAAAUAGAAGAAGCUGGGCUCACCGAAGAAGAAUACAUUGAGGAGGCCUCUGAUACACUGUUAACCUUACUAAAUUCUGUUCAUUGCCGAUACAUUUUCCAGUAUAAAAAUCAAAACUCACUUAAAGAACAAAGAAUACCAAUCUUGGAAAAAAUCUUGGCAAUUAUAAAAGAAAAUUGUUUCCAAGUUCUUACCUUUAAAUAA